UUGCUGCCCGAUAGGAGAAAAGUUGGCCCCACUCUUCGGUUCGCUCCCGGCAAAAACCGCGAACGCUGUUCCGAGUUCGGGAGCCACACACAACACGGCGCAUACGCGCGCGUGAAAGCUGCGGAGUUGGUGCACGGUUGUGUUGGCGCGCUUGUUUUUAGUCGCUGGUUGGGACGCUGCGCUGUGUUGUUAGUUUUGAGGGGUGUCUGUUUUCUUCGUCGUUAUUGCGGUGAAUGGUGGCCGUCGAAUGUCGUAGGUGACCCCGCUGCGAACUUUGUUGGACACAUCUCCGUUGUUGUUGGCGUUUUUUAAUUUUUUUCCCCGGCCUUGGAGAAAGACUGUGCUUCGCUAGCGCGUGAGCUUACCUUCCCAUGAUUCAUCGCUGCCACUGCGUCGUCUGCGUCACCAGACGAGGAUUCGAUGCGCACCCCUGGCGACCGUCAGCUGCUGCGCCGGUCGUAUCACCGUGACGUCACCGUGGCGCCUGCCCACUUCCGCUGCCGGCUAUCGCCACCACUUUCGGUCCGUCUACGGGCUUCCUGGACACCCACGCGCUCUUCGUUAGGGCCAUGCGGACGGCACCGGCUAGGACUGCCAUCUUGCUAGCUACCCUGAGCAUCACAAUCACGGGGCCCCGGUGGUGGGGUGCCAACGCGUCAUCGUCAUCGCCGUCGUCGACCAUUCCUCUGGUGGUCCACCAUCACCAGACCCGCGCGUCCGAUGACCACUGCCGUCAGCCGGGUCCGCUGGGACUCCUGGCGGGCCGCCUCCAGGAGUGGCAGCUGAGCGCCAGCUCGACGCACCAGCCAGAGUGCCAGCUGCGCUACGCCCGCGUGCUCGAGCUGGCCUCGCGCGGAGCCUGGUGCCCCGCUAAGGAUGCCGACACCGAGUGGAUACAGGUGGACCUGGGCGCCGACGCGAAGAUCACGGGCCUGCUGACCCAGGGCCGCGGCGACGGUCGUGAGUGGGUAUCGUCGUUCGCCGUGUCCUACAGCAUGGACGCCUACCACUGGAAGCACUGCCUCGACGCCCACGGGAACAAAAAGGCGUUCCUGGGCAACACCGACUCUCACAGCCUGAAGCUCAGCUACCUUGAUCCUCCGGUGCACGCCCGCUUCCUUCGUCUGCACGUGCUCCGCUGGCACGGCCGGCCCAGCCUGCGCUUCGAACCACUCGGAUGCCAGGAGUGCAACGAGGUCAUCUCGGUUCCGCCCGUGGCGCGACUGACGGCGUCCAGCUGGCGUCCCUGGCACCCGCAACAGGGAUCGUGCAGCCCGGACGAGGCGCAGCUCUUCGCCAGGGGCGGUUGGUGCGCGCUCAGGAACAACGGCAACCAGUGGCUUCAGGUGGACCUGGGGCCAGCGACCCGAGUGACCGGCGUGGCCACCAAGGGCCGCGGCGAUGCCCGGCGCAAGCACUGGACCACGGCGUACCUGCUCUCCUACUCCAACGACAGCCUCCGGUGGCAUCACUACAAGGACGACAACCACCUGGAUCCCAAGGUGUUCGGAGGCAACAUGGACCGCGACACCGAGCGACGUCACUACCUGAACCAGCCGUUCGUGGCGCGUUUCGUUCGCUUCCAGCCCACCUCGUGGAAAAGGAGGAUCGCGCUCAGGGCCGCCGUCAUCGGGUGCCCGCACAGGGGAGACUGCGGUCCUGGAUUCCUGAGGGUUCGUGAGGACUCUGAAUGCACCGAGAACCUGGCGUACCGUCGCGAGACGUGGGUGAACGACCGGCGGUACGCGUUCGCCCAGUGGACGGACGGCCACUCGUCGUUCGCCGUGGACGGCGACGCGAGCACGUCACAGCCUCCGCGCAGCUGCGCCAUCUUGGACAACUACUUCGUCGACCAGCCCGUCUGGAUGGUCGACCUGGCCAAGAGGCAGCGGGUGCGCGGGCUGGUCGUGCUCACCUGGCAGGCCAGGCACCAGCACGAGCGUAGCAAGCUGCACCACGAGAUGUCCAACCUGGACAAGCUGACGGCGUACGUGGUGGACCGUCCGCGACUGGAGGAGAUCCCCAACGCCUACAAGUGCGCCUCGGUGUCUCGCCUUCACGGGGCGCUGUCCCGCCGCCGGCUGCACUUCGAGUGCCCCGACGACAUGCAGGGCCGCUACGUCUACCUCAAGGCCAGCGGUGUGCCCAACCGCAAGGGCCGUCUCUACGCCGCAGUCCUGUGCGAGGUCAUGGCCUACUGACCACGCGUCGCCUCGCGACGAACCUACUAUAAUAGAGUUAUCCAAGUUCCGUGCAGUAAGUUCAAGCUCGCCGCUGCAACCUCCCGCCAUGGGCAGUGGUUCCUGACGCCAGAGCGUCAACCUGCACCGUCGAGAGUGGCGUUUGCUGAGCGGAUCUGCAAACUCACAGAGCUGCCAUAACACUUAAAGAAAGUUGUUGAUGUCGCGAAAGCGUUCUGUAACCAAGCAAUCGAAGCUGUGUUCAUUCCUUCUUCCCUGACGCGCGACUAUUGCCUUUUACUUGCUUUAUCUUAUUUUUUGUAAUAGCAUUUAGGUCGUUGAGGAAUGUAACCGUAUCCUGUUAAAGACUGUCUUGCCUGCGUUUGUGUACAAGUUUCGCAGUCGUCCCUUUUCAUCUCACCGUUGUGAAGUUUUCUUUAUGUUGAACAUUUCAUAAUCGUUCAAACGCAUUUUAGAUAUAUCAUUAAGCACUCUCGAUAAACAUAGGAGAUACUGGGAGAUGACCCAACGGAAUAACCCGAAAGCACUGCGAUGGUUUCACGCGUUUCGCAUUCAGUUCUUGCAGACAUUAUACGGAAUUGGCACGGAAUUCUUAUUGAUUAAUAAUGGCGUUGGGAACUCAUUAAAUGCACAUUAAAAUGUCAGAAAGUUCGUGGAAACUUUCGUUAGCUUGUGCUCAGAAAUUUCUGCGGUAACCAAGGAAGGUUUUGCCGUCGCAUAGCUCCAACAGAACGAUAGAAUUAUUGAUGAAAUCUGUCAAGCCCCAUAAUGUUUAUGAAGGAAAACCACAAGGACAACUUAAUUCAAUUCAUAUACUGUUUCUGUGCUUUGUCUAUAGAAUUUUGUUGAGGAAUAUGCCUUGGCUGCGUUUUGACAGUCUUGCCGGAAAGAAAUGAAGAUUUGUAGAAGUUCGC